GAUCGGUUCCGAUUUGAAUUACUGAAAUAGCGGCGCGAUGUCCAACACGAUCUUCGUCCGGAACCUCGCGUAUGGGGUCUCCCAGGAAGAGCUCGAGAACCUCUUCGGGGACAUUGGUCCCGUGAAGAAGGUCUCUGUCAUCAAGGACAAGGGCAAGCGCAAGACCGACAUGCUCACGCGCGGCUUCGCCUUCGUCAAGUUUGCGAUGGAGUCGGACGCCAAGGCCGCGAUGGACGCGCUCAACAACACAGAAUACCAAGGCCGCAAGCUCUGUAUCGAUCUCGCCAAAGAGAAGGCCGGUAUCCACCCGGCGCACAAGAAGCAGAACCAAAACUCGGCGUUUGCGACGCCAGCCGCCGUUGCCGAAGCGCCCAAGGUCGAAGCCGCGCCCGUCGAGGCCGCGCCGGUCCAGGAUGCGCCGCUCGAGGCCGAGGCCGACGACGCCAAGCCCAAGAAGGAGAAGAAGGCGAAGAAGGAGAAGAAGGCGAAGCGCGAAGAAGCGUCCGACGACGUCGACGAGAAGCCUGCGAAGAAGGACAAGAAGCAGAAGAAGCAGCGCGACGAAGCGGCCGAGGUCGAGGAGGAAGUCGCUCAAAUCGAAGAGGCUGCGCCGAAGGAAAAGAAGGCCAAGAAGGCCAAGAAGACCGUCGAGGACGAGACCGUCGUUGAAACGAAGAAGCCGGAGGCCAAGAAGCCAGAGGUCAAGAAGCCGGAAGCCAAGAAGCCGGAAGCCAAGAAGCCGGAAGCCAAGAAGCCGGAAGCGGUGGCCGAGGCGGAGCAUGUGCAAAGCGAGCGCAACGCCCGUCGGCGUGAGCACCGUGAGCUCUGGCGCAAGGCAAGCGAGCGCAAGGAGCAGCUCGCGACGGCCGAGGAAAAGUCGAUUGUGAUCUACGGCCUCGGCAGCGCCAUCACAGAGAAGCACCUCAAGAUCAAGAUGAAGAAGAUUGGCGAGGCCAAGUCGAUCGAACUCAAGCAAGAGCCCAACUCGCAGGGCGUCGACGAGCCCGUGGCGUACGUCGAGUGGGCGACGACGGUCUUGAAGGAGAAGGCGAUCGAGAAGCUCAACGACCACGUCUUCAAGGGCUUCACGAUGCUCGUGCGCGGUCUGGACACGACGUCGCUCUCGGACAAGGAAGGCGUCCGUCUCAUUGUGCGCAACCUGCAGUUCGACGUCAAGGACGCCGACUUGGACAAGCUCUUCAAGAAGUUUGGUCCGCUCGCGGAAGCGCGUGUCGUGCGCCUCCCGGUCGAGGCCGACAGCAAGAUGCCACUGGGCCGCAGCCGCGGUUUUGGCUUUGUCCAGUUCAAGAACCGUGUGGACGCCCAAAAGGCCAUCGAGGAAAUCAACGGGACCAAGUUCAAGGGCCGCGACAUCGUCGUGGAUUACGCCGUUGCCAAGUCCGAGUACCUGAAGACGCAAGCGGCGGCGGCGGUGCCUGAGGCUGACGAAGCCGACGAAGAGGCCGUCGGCGACGACGACGAAAAUGUCUUGGUCGAUGACGACGAGAUGGUCGAGUCGGACAUUGAGGGUCAUGGGGACGAGGACGACGCGGAAGAGAACGAAGCUGCCGACGACAACGCCGAAGAAGAAGACGACGACGAGGAAGACGAAGAGCCCGCGAGCAAGCGCCCCAAGGGCGAUUCGGAAGCGCAGAUGCUCCGCACGGUGUUUAUCCGCAACCUCUCGUUCCAAACGACCGAGCUCUUCCUCAAGGAGAGCAUGGAAUCCGAGUUUGGGCCCGUCGAGUACGCGCGUGUCGUCAUGGACCACAGCGCGGGCCUCUCCAAGGGCGUUGCGUUCGUGCGCUUCCGCAGCCAAGACGCGGCGGACGCGGCGAUUGCGCGCGGCACGGUCAAGGACGACAGCAAGGACAAGAAGAAGAACAAGUCGAGCGUGUCGGGCGGCCUCUUUUACGACAAUGCGCUCCUCGACGGUGACGGCGUCUACGUCGACAACCGUUUGCUCUCGAUCACGCGCGCUGUCAACAAGGACGACGCGACGCGCCUCGCGGACGAGAACAGCGCGACGCGCAAGGCCAAGGACAAGCGCAACAUGUACCUCGCGUACGAAGGCACGAUCAGCGUCAACAAGACGGCCGACGAAGACCUCGAGUUGCCCAAGAUGGACAUCGAGAAGCGCCGCCGCGCGAUCAAGGAGAAGAAGGAAAAGCUCAAGAACCCGCUCUUCUUCAUCUCGCCUGUCCGUCUCUCGGUGCGCAACCUUGCGCUUGGCGUCGACGAAAAGAUCCUCAAGACCAUCUUCCGCGAAGGCGCGAUCGCGGGUCUGCGUGCCAACCUCGUCGACAUGAAGGAGGUCAAGCCCGAGUAUGUGCUCAAGUCGGGCGCGCCCGUCAAGAUUGAACUGUGCAAGAUCGUCCGCGACAUGGACAACAUCAAGCCGGGCCAGGAGCCGCGCUCGCGCGGGUAUGGUUUUGUGCAAUUUUCGCACCACGUGCACGCGCUUGCGGCAUUGCGCCAGCUCAACAACAACCCCACGUACACCGAGUACUCUGGGCGCGGUGUCAAGCUCGGCAAGUCGACGCCCGAUGCCGAAAAGACGCGUCUCAUCAUUGAGUUUGCGCUCGAAAACCACGGCAAGCUCAAGCUUCGCGAGAAAAAGAUGAACGACGCCAAGAAGCGCCGCACCGAAGACAACAUGCUCCGCAAGGCGCAGGGCGAGGUCGUCGAGAAGGUCGAGCGCAAGAGCCGCGGCAAGCGCCAGCGCGAAGCCAAGGCGAUCAAGAAGGCGACACCCGAAGAAGAGGCGGCGCCGGCGGCCAAGAAGGCCAAGACGGACAAGCCCAAGCCCAAGGUGGAGAAGGUGGCCCCGAAGCGCAAGCGCGAGACGCCGGUCGCCGCCCCCGCGGGCCCGUCGCGCAAGGAGCGGAAGCACGCCAAGUCGAUCAAGGCGGACAAGUCGUUUGAAGACAUGGUCGAUUCGUACAAGGCGCAGCUCUUCCGGACCGUCGAUGACGCCGAGAACCGCGGCCGUUGGUUUGAAGAGUAGACUCCCCUUUUUGCAUUAACACUCUACCUUCGUUUAAUUAACCUGUUUAGAAUCAAUCAUUCAUACUUUGUGG